AUGGCCCAGGCCGUCACCGGCGUUAUGAGGUGGUGCUCCGAGUUUUAUCCUAUAACUACAUAUACCGAUAUGACACAAACAUCGGAAGACGUAGUAGUUGUCGCGAAUACCCUCACACAAGCGGCAAGGCCAAGACCCGAUGGAUCGACUGCCCUUAAACGUUCAAAACACAGGCAUCGACGAGAGGAGAGGGGACCGCGGUCCAAGUCGACUGAUGCUAUACUUAGAAAUAAUGGAUGUGGGACCCUGGAUAUUUCCGGGUGCAACAGCGAGGGUGAGGCUACCCAAAGAAUCAAUGACUUUUGGGAGCCCCCCGAUUUUGGCGCUUCUGGAGAUCACAACACGACCAGCUCACGGAGCGCUCGCAAAUCAGCAAAGAAGCGCGACGGCGAUCGCAAGCCUACAUAUCAAAGGCAAGAUAACGCCACGGACUCGCUCUUGACUCCAGAGCGAUCAUCAUCGCCUCAGUCUGAACAAUCUGCAGUCGCUGUUCGGAAACCGACAGUUUAUCGAAUGCCAACGACACCUGAUUCUUUACCAAGGGACGAUUCUCUCACGCCAAAUGACAUGAACGAGUCAGCGGAAUUGACAGAGCGCCUGAGCAGGUUGCUUGACUUAGAUGGAGAUCAAAAAGAGGGCAACUUGUUGGUUCCUUCAGGGCUUGUGCGCGAGAAGCGGCUGAACAUGGCUAAGGAGCGAAAGGUCAGGGAAAGGAAAGAAGUGCUCCGUGCUGCUAGAGAGCUUCGUUUACAUCGUCGCCAGCCAAGAAAAGCCUUGGUACAACCUCUGGAGUUUGAGUGGGACGACGUGGUCAAUCAAACCAUAUUUUCAACUGACCCGCAACGCAUUAUUACAACAUCCAUUGGUGGGACUGAGUUGAGACUGAAGGAUUUCGCAACAUUACUGGGCAAGCGUGCCUGGCUGAAUGAUGAGAUCAUAAACACGUAUAUUGAAUGGGUGGUAGAUGCGGCAAAUAGGGCAGCCAUUGCCCAGGCGAAGGAGUUCGAGGAGCCUACAAGCACGGUUCCGAAAUUCAUCGCACACAACAGCUUUUUUUAUGAAAACCUCAUCAAGAAAGGGCCCAGCAGCACUCAGGGUCUCAUGAGACGAAAGAAAGCCCCGGGCACGUCCUUGCUGGAGGUUGACUCCGUUUUCGUUCCAAUAUGCAAGGGUUCUCAUUGGACGGUCGGAGUUGUACGCCCAAUUGCGAAGACGAUUGAGUAUCUUGACAGUAUGGGCGGAAGUCCACACUCGUUCAUCAAGCUCAUGCGAGAGUGGCUCAAAUUUCAGCUUGGGGAGAAAUAUGUUGAAGCUGAGUGGAACACGCCAAGGACGGCAUGCGCACACCAGAGCAACGGUUAUGACUGUGGGGUUUUUGUCUGUACGAAUGCGUUCUGUGUUGCUCUCGGCUUAGACACGUCAUGUUACGAUGAGUGUGACAUGCUACAACAGCGCAGAAUUAUUGCCGCGGUGUUGAUCAACAGGGGGUUUCUUGGGGACUUUGAAUGGAAUGGCAAAGGCUUAUAA